AUGUUGAUGGAGCUCCCCACUGCCGCAUCCGUCUUGAAGCCUACGAGUCCCGUGACUGUCCGCGACCAUGCCGAUGUGGCGCCCCGUGCGAUGACAGAUGUUAGUUUCCUGCACUCGGGGCCCGUCACUGGAGAUUUGCGUGUCAGUCUCAACAGCAUGGACAGGGCGGAGGGCGACCCGAGCACCAACCCCGGCGCACCUGCAAGCGAAUCGCCAGUGCCGCUGCCGCACAUCCAUUGUGGCAGCACCAGCAGGGCGAAAACCCGCCAAAAGCACCGCUUUAUCCCGUACCCGCAGAGACAGUACCGCAGUGUCAGGAAGCGGGCAGCGUGGCGUAGCUGCGACGAGUCGGAGGGAUCCUUGGGCAAGAACCUGCCUGCUGAAUCAGCAUUGGGCGUGUCUGUCUUCCUCGGCUCACCUGCAUUUGCGCCUCAUGGAAACCUUGACGUCCCUGCACUGUUUACGGAGGCUGACAAAAUCAAGCCGGCCUCGGAGCAUGCAGUGGGGGAGGUCAGGUCGGGUUCAGGGGUGUCGGGGCGAGCUGGGUGA